AUGCCUACAACAAUAAGCAAGAACUUGCACACUUUGCAAAACAACAUACAUGAAUUAUGGUCAAAACAACUCAAUGAAGCCAGAAGAAAACUCAAAAAACCUCUUUCAUUGACAGAGAAAAUUCUAUACUGCCACAGAGCAGUUGACUCAACAAAACAUAUACCUCAAGGUCUUGAUGUCCAUGUGGACCACCUGGCACUUCAAGACAGGCAAGCCUUAUUGACCAUCCAGCAACUUCAACUAUUAAAUGUAAAUUGUGACCAUUUGUCAUGUAGCCUUCACUGCGAUGGAAUAAUAGAAGAAGGAUAUGAGGACAGCAAGCAGUUACUGCACCGACCCACUGACUAUGAUGAUGAGAUGUACAAUUUUCUUACUGCAGCAGCUACAAAGUAUAAAAUGGAUUUUUGGCCCCCAGGAUCUGGUUCACCUCAUCAAGUUCUCUUUUAUAAUUACAAUAUACCUGGGAGUUUCAACAUUGCUACUGACUUUUAUUCUUCAUUUGCUGGUGGUCUGGCUUCUAUGGGUCUACAUAUUAACAGCUCAACUGCUAUUGAUGUAAUAUGUGGCAUUCCCAUAAGCUUAAAGGAUCUUAAUAUUGUCAAAGUUGAUGUGCUUGGAGUACAGAAAAAAUUUGUCAGAGCACAUGAUAUUGUAGCAAAAUUACAUGAAAAUUUAAAGACUCACCCAAAUAAUAUAAACAUUGUUGAGUAUUCUGGACCUGGAGUACACCUAUUAUCAUGUCUGGAAAUGGCUAAAAUUUGCCAGUUGGGUGCAGAUAUUGGCAUAGAUAUUUCUUUGUUUCCUUAUACUUUGAGGAUGCAUUCACACCUCAAAACAAUGGGUAGAAGUGAUGUGGCAGAUGCAUCAAUGAAACAUGUUGUCAAUUUAACACCUGAUAAAGAUGCAGUUUAUGAUGACAAAAUUACUUUAAAUCUCAGUGAAACAGAUCCAUACAUCUGCAUACCAUUUAUACCGAGUGUGGACAUCUCUGUAAAUAAAUUUCCAAAAGUGCUUCCUUUUAGUGUUCCAAGGAAACUGCAUCUAGGCCUCAUUGGGAGAUAUUCAAUGGCAACAUAUAAGGAUUUAAUAAACUGUGCAGACAUUGCCAGACAAGCUCUCUCACAUGGUUUGAAGAGCAGAAUUCCUCUAAAAAUUAGCCCAAGUUCACACAAUAUUCUCCAAGUAAUGGAAAAAGAAGGCACAGCACAAAUUCUGAGGAAAUUUGGAGCUGAAUUUCCUGCCCUUUCCUGUGAUGAAGUCGAAAUUAUUCGGACUGCUGGCAAUAACGACAGCGCGAUAAUAACAUCCUGCAAUCGAGAACAUCUCAAAGAAUUUUCUAUUACACCAAACUCAAAUAUAUUUGUAGCAUCCCCAGAACUGGUUACAAUAUUCUCUAUCAUUGGUACAUUAGACUCAAAUCCCCUAGAACAACAACUGAAAGAUACAAAAGGAAAUGUUUUCUCUUUACAUGAUGCAAAUCUGGAAGGACUUUUUAGGUCGAGCCUUAAGAGGGAUGUCCAGAUCCCAGAAAAUCAGAAGCAAAAAACAAAUGAAAAUGAAGAGCAAGGCUCACAACGAACAGAGUGGAUAAAUCACCUGCAGCCCUUCUCAGCUCCUCAGGAAAAUGAGUACAAAAAUAUGUUGGUGUUGAUAAAAAUGAAAGGCUGUUGUGAUAUGGAUAUCAUCUCUCCUAGUGGUCCAUGGUUGAAAUACUGUGGGAAUCUCAGCAAAUACUGCAAAAACCUAUUCAUCAGUGCUGUGAAUGCAGAAAACAAUCUCAGAAAUCAGGUGCAGAGCCAGUUGUCUGGAAACUUGACAAGUGUUCAUAAUGCAGCAUCAUCAUACAAGGCAUCAUCAUCCCCAUGGAUAGUUGUUGCUGAAUACGGUUUUGGUGCAGGUCGCACAAAUGAAUAUGCUGCCCUUCAGCUUCGCUAUAUGGGAUGUAAAGCUGUAUUAGCUAAAUCUUUUUCUUCAAAAAUGGAAAGUGAUCUGAAAAGACAUGGAAUAUUACCUUUGGUGUUUAUAAAAGCACAUGACUACAAUCAAAUAAAUUCUGAUGAUACAUUCACUAUUAUUGGCUUCGAUGAUAUCAUAUAUAAAAGGGCUAUUGGCUUCAUAAUACUCUCACAUGUUAUCAAGACAGAUGAAAGUUGA